UUGAAUUGAUUUCGUUCAGAUGAAAUUGAUUCUAACGAAAUCCCUCAAUUUUUAGGUUGCUUUUAUCAAUGACCAAGGGGUUUUACGUUUCAAGAAUAAGUUUUUAUUGAACUCCGUCUUCGCAGUUCAUAGGCUCUAGCCUUUGCCUAUCAAAAAUAUUGAGUUCAUUCCAUGAUAACAGCAUUUUAUAAAAUAACCCAGCAAAAGGACUUAAAGAUGAAGGUUGAAUGUUUGGUUGACACCAGCGCCAGGACUGGGUCCGGGGCUGGUAGAGACGUUAACUUCAGCAGCGGCACCGGUCCCAACGGUGAGUGCUGCAUCUCGCGGCUGCUGAGCGUCGUGGAAAACGAACUGCAGGCGGGGCGCGAGAAGGGGGAUCCUACCGAGAAACAACUCAAGGUGACUCUCGAAGAAGCAGAGCUUUGGCGGAAGUUUAAGGAGGUGACCAACGAGAUGAUCGUCACCAAAAGCGGCAGGAGGAUGUUCCCAGUGUUGAAGGUCAGUGUGUCAGGACUGGACCCAAACGCCAUGUACUCCUUCCUGCUGGACUUCAUGCCCGCCGACACCCACCGGUGGAAGUACGUUAACGGAGAGUGGGUCACCGCCGGUAAACCGGAAUCUCACGGAAACGGCUGUGUGUACAUCCACCCGGACUCGCCCAACUUCGGCGCCCACUGGAUGAAAGCCCCAGUCUCCUUCAACAAAGUCAAACUCACCAAUAAGCUAAACGGAGGAGGACAGAUAAUGCUGAACUCUCUCCACAAGUACGAGCCACAGCUUCAUAUCGUGAGGGUUGGUGGAAGCCACAGAAUGGUCACCAACAUAUCCUUCAGUGAAACCCAGUUCAUAGCCGUCACCGCCUACCAAAAUGAAGAGAUCACCGCCCUGAAGAUCAAGUACAAUCCCUUUGCCAAGGCUUUCCUGGAUGCCAAAGAGAGGAAUCACCCCAAGAGCUUGUUUGAUUCUGCGUCUGAGAGUGACAUGGGGAUCCAACACUGUGGCUGGUUCCUGUCUAACCCAGAGUCGCUGUGUCCACCAGGGGGCGCCAGUUUCCCUUACAGCAGGGGUCUGCCACUGGGCUCCCAUCAUGGGUACAAACCCUACCCUUCCCGGCCAGCCCCUUACCCCUCCUCUUACCUGCCCCACCGCACACACUCCUCAGUGUCUCUCUCCGAGGGCCUACAGAUGUUACCAGGUCCUGAGGGCUGGUCUAGUGUCUCUCCCCCCCACACCUCUUCCUCAUCCUUGCCUGGAAACCCUGCCACCUCCCCCGCGUCCACCAGCUACACCAGUCAGUACCCAUGUCUGUGGACUGUGGGCUGUGCUGGAGGAAGCCCCACCCCUUCCCCGUGCGCCCAGCUUCAUGAACCAAUCACCAGCAAGAGCCACGGACAGCCUCCCAAUCAUGUCCGGCUGGGCGAGGCCGGUUGGCCACCUGUCUCCAGCCACAUGCUCUGAAUAAUGUCUGAGUGUCCUUUAGACAGGAAUACAGCAGCCCUAACAACAGUGAUGAUCAGAAAGCAACAUCCAUUCAGUUUAAAGACACCAAUCACUGAUGACUAGUAGGAGGUUAUUUCAUAAAGUAUGACCUCAGAGAUCAGAUCCUCUUUCCCACCAGACAUGAAGGGGAAAAGACCGUUUUUAUUUAUCUAAAAGUUUUACGUUUAUUUGCCAAGUAGUAGUAAAGGUACAUUGCAAUUAAUUAGAUAAAUCAUAUAUGGUUCGAAAUCUUAAUUCCUUUAUAAAUAAUCAUUUUAGGGUAUUUGAUGAUGCCUGUAUGUUUGUUUGCAUAUACAAGUACAGUUUACGGUCGUUGUCUGUGCUGUUUACUACAUGUGAUCUUGAGUUGAUGAGCGCGUGACUUGUUCCAUCUGUGCGUUUGUUAAAUACUGUAUCUGUGUUGCGCACGUGGAAAGUUCACCAGCAGGGUUUGUUUUUCAUCGUUUGAACUGUGACCUUUGAAUGGCAAAUUACAUCGCUGUUAGCAACCUGAUUAACGCUUUGUGUAUCGCAUGUUUCAGACAACGAUUUCCGCUUGGUAAAUCCAACUGCUAACGUGUCACUUUAAACACACAUACACACAUUUUGUGUCGCUACAUUAUG